CUGUGCUUUUUCGGUUUUUCGGGAAAAUGCAAAUUAUUUAUGGUUUCCGCCAGUUUUUCAAUUAAAAAAGAGUUUCAAAUAUGAGUGAAGUGAAAAUAGCAUUUAUUUAAUUUAAUUUACUUUGUCCUGAUGUUAUCGUCGUCUGCAAGAAUGAUAAAAACAGUCGGAUAAUUCGAUUUUCGAAUCCCGGCAUGCACGUAGAUUGGGCUGAGUCAACUGGGCGCACGGCAGUGCCCUUAACCCAGAGAGCGACCCACAAAAAUACCACCCACAAUGACCAGCCAACCCUUCAGAAGGAAGCCUUUCAAAAUUCUCAGCACAUUUCUAAACACAUAAAUAGACCAAAGUUAGACCUAACAGUUCAUAAGUUCCUGUAUUUAUUAAAGAAACAAAAUUCAGAGUGAUAUUAGUGUUAAUUUAGUGUAAGUUUAGUGCAAGAUUAGUGCAAGUUUAGUGCAAAAUUAGUGCAAGUUUAGUGCCAUAAGUGAACAAUGAUUGUGAUAACUGUAUUGUUGCUUGCACUGGGAGUGGUGGCGGAUCGUUCCAAUUUGCCGGCUCCAUGUGAAAGUUUGAUCUACUGCCAUGGACCCUUACUCCAUACGGUGCAAAUGGCAGGCCUAUACAAUGACUCCAAAACCUUCGUGGAUAAGAAGAUGAAGUCCCCAGCCAACAUCAUCUUGGACAACUUUCAGAGUAUGAUGAACAGGACAGAUUACCGGCCGACGAAGGAACAGAUCAGGACCUUUGUGGAUGACAAUUUCGAUGUGGAAGGCUCAGAGUUUGAGGAAUGGCAGCCGCUUGACUGGAAACACAAUCCUGCAUUUUUACAAAGAAUAAAGGACCCUUUACUGCUGGAAUGGGCCAAGAAUCUGAACGAGCUGUGGCUGAACCUCGGUAGGAAGAUGAAGGAUGAAGUGAGAGAACACCAAGACCUGUACUCUAUUAUAUACGUCGACCAUCCUGUUAUUGUGCCGGGGGGUCGUUUUAGGGAGUUCUACUACUGGGACUCAUACUGGAUCAUCAAGGGGUUGUUAUUGUCAGAGAUGCACGCCACCGCCACGGGGAUGGUCACCAACUUCCUGGACAUCGUGGACAAAUACGGCUUCAUCCCCAACGGGGGGAGGAUUUAUUAUCUGAUGAGGUCUCAACCGCCGCUUCUUAUACCAAUGGUGAAGUUGUUGAUGGAAGACAUCGGUGACAUAGACUUCCUCAAGCGACACAUCGGGACCAUGGACAAGGAGUUUGACUUCUGGGUCAAAAACCAUACCGUUGAAGUUGACUACAAUGGAAGGAAGUAUCAGAUGACGAGGUACAGCGAACAGUCACAAGGUCCACGACCAGAGAGUUACAAAGAAGACAUUGAUGUAGCCAGACAUUUCGACACGGUGGACAAAAAGGAAGAGCUGUAUGCUGAACUGAAAUCUGCUGCAGAAUCGGGCUGGGACUUCUCGUCUAGAUGGUUUAUACUCAAUGGCACUAACAAAGGCAACCUCACAAACCUAAAGACCAGAUCGAUAGUCCCUGUGGACCUCAACGCCUUCAUGUGCUGGAACGCGCAGCUGAUGGCAGAGUUCCACGAACUGCUGGAAAACUUCGAGAAGGCCAAGUACUAUAGGAUGAUGCACGCCAAGAUUAAGGAGGCUAUUGAACAUGUCCUGUGGCACGAAGACGUGGGUGCCUGGCUGGAUUACAACCUGAAGUCUGGCAGGCGAAGAGACUACUUCUACCCGACGAACAUUGUGCCUCUCUGGACCGGCUGCUAUGAUGUGGAACGGAGCGAUUACUACGUCAGUCGGGUCAUCAAUUAUUUGGAAAAAGUUAAGGUGGACAUCUUCGAAGGCGGCAUCCCCACCACACUCGAGCACUCAGGCGAGCAAUGGGACUACCCCAAUGCGUGGCCACCCCUCCAGUACAUGAUGGUCAUGGGGCUGGACAACACGCGGAAUGACGUGGCCAUGAGACUCGCAAGCGAGAUGGCUACCAAGUGGGUGCGCUCCAACUUUGAGGUCUGGAAACAGAAGAAGGCAAUGUUAGAAAAGUAUGAUGCAACAAUUUUCGGCGGUUUUGGUGGCGGCGGCGAAUACGUUGUACAGAAAGGAUUCGGUUGGACCAAUGGUGUUGUUAUGGCUCUUCUUAACUUGUAUGGAGACACGUUGUACGCAGCGGACGCGUUCGGAGACGCGCCCGGCCAAUCGGGAGCCGUUUAUGGCGCGCACGUCGGUGCUGGCGGGAUCUUCACGGCACUUCUAGUUGUUAUAGCAUCUGUGGCGGCGGGAACUUUAGGACUUAUGGUGUACAGAAGACGACGAGACUAUGCCCCGCUGGUCGGCGCUGAAGACCUGAGAGUCCUGGGUUCAGCACGAAAGCCGUGCACUGAACUAAAAAGCCUCAACGGGGUAUCAAACACGCGUCAGCGGUGAAUGUAACUACCUCCAAUCCUCUACCAUUGUUGCUAAAGUCAUAGACGAGUUGAGAGUGACUUUGACGAGACGGGUGGUUUAAUAAUUAAAUUUAUGAUUUAAUUUUUACGCAAAUAAAAUAUUUGUAUGCCAAAUAUAGAUUAGUAAUUUGGGUAAUGUCACUAACUUUUUAGGGGAGGAAUAUUUUCUUGAAUAGCGAUUUUUAGAUAAUUUUAAUAGUGGAAAAAAAAUUCUAGACAUGUUAAUUUUAAAAUGUUAUUUUUAUGUCAAGGACGUGAUUUAUGAAAUAUAUUUUAGCACAAUUGGAUCUAAAAUUAAAGUAAACAUUGAAAAUAAAUAUUGAAUCUAACAAAUAAUAUUGUAAAAAUUAUUAUAAUUUAUAAAUCAUGGACAUGCAAAUUCAAAAACUGUUUUAGAAACCGUAGAAACCCUUAUAAUAUUCAUGUGUUAUAAUAAUUAAUGUAAAUAUGUACGUUCGUGUUGUGUAAUGAUGAUUGGCUAAAUUAACCAAUCGACCAAAUAAAUCAAAAUAGUUUGAGAGAAAAUGAAAUCAUUUAGUAAAAAAUAAUAUAAUAAUUGUGUCAAAAAGUAAAAUGCAAAGUUAGAUUAAUAUUGCUUGGUUAAUUUAGUCUUUCCAACGUCGAUUUACAUAUUUUUACAUAUUGCUCAUGCCGUUAACCGCUCAUCAAAUGUAUACUAAGUUACAUAUUAUUCGAAUACGACCUAUUUUCGAGUUCUAGACAAUAAUUACAAAGACAAAAUGGUAGGGACAAAAUAGUCAGUAUUUUCCGACUGAGGAAAUCGACUAGACUACGAAAUGAUAGAUUCAGUCGUAUCUGAAUCGAUUUUUUGAUUUUUUUUAAAGGAGUUUGUAUUACAUCAGUUCUCAAAUGCGCUGUGAAUUUGAACUCGGUUUUUAAACAUAAGAUAUAGUUUGUAUUUAUAGUUUAGUAUUAUAUUGUAUACUGCUUGUGUAUUUUGGUAUGAAAUAUUUUAUACACUGGCAUGAAAUGACAAUCUUUUUUUAAAUUGUGUAUUUGUCAUAUGUUAUAUAUUAGCGCUUGGUUGCAAUCACGCCUAGAAGAUGCAUAUUCACAUUUUUAAAAUAGAAAAAGUAUUAAUUGAUUAAAAUGGAAAAAUAUUUAAAAAAAUAGACAGAAAAAGAUUUUAAUACAUAUUCUGACGUGUUCUUCAUCAUAGUGUUUAUUUAAUUCUUUUUCAAUGUAUUGACAAAAUUGAAAUGGAAAACUGCUUUUGCAAUUUCAGUUAGAUUUUAAUUGUAUUUAUAGUAUAAACAGCAAAUUUAUUUAUUCCUAGAUAGAGUUUAGACUUAAUAAAUUAACUAUUGAAUGUUUUUACAACUAUGUCGAUUAUUAAGUGUAUUUAAAAACUUCAAGUAGUGUGAAGUAGGUUUUACUCUUCAGAGUAAAACCUACUUCAGCACUCGAAUGUGUCAGUUUUUAUUGUUUUCUUGUUAAUGUAAUUGCAUAAUUUUGCAAUUAUAAAUUGAGGAGAGGGAACGUUUCAUGAGGGUGCACCGUUUUUGGAAUUUGGUGGGUUUUUCUCUGAUUUGGAUUGUCGUACUAAGGCAAAUAAUCUUCUGUUAUUCUUAACAUUUUAAAAUAUAAGGAUUUAUAUUUUAAAAUGUUAAAAAUAACAGAAAAUUAUUUGCCUAUUUUAAAAUAUAAGUGAAUAUCGUGAUUGAAUCAGAAAUGAGGAGGUCCGCAGAAGAACUAAAGUCAUUCAUAGCUCAGGGAGUCGCGAAGCUGAAGUGGCAAUGGUCAGUACAUAUAGUUCGGUGGACGUUGAAGUCCUAAGGUGCUGGAGUUUACAAGUCCAGCGUAUUAUCCUAUAGCUAGACAUAAGGUUUAUUAAAACUAAGCCGGAUAUACGAUAUAUAUUUAUUAAUUUCUCAGAGUAAAAUAAUAUCGUAUAAUCCAAAUAUAUUUUGUGCAUAUCUGCAAUCUGCGUUGACCUUUAUGAAUUUCUUCCUCUUAAAAUCUAGAACAAAGUCAAUAGUCAAUCUGUAUUAUUAAUAAAUAAUGACCUAGAGUAUUAUUAGUAUAGUUGUAAAAGUUAGUUAUAAGUAGACAAUUCGUUAUAUAGCCGUGGUGUAAAUAGCUAUUUAAUUUUUUUUUUGUAAAAUAUUAUUUUUGCUUGCAUUUAUUGAUGGAAGUGUGAUUUUUUCAUAUUAAUUUUUGGUAUUAGUGUACACUAAAGUGAAACUAACUGAAAAAACUAAAAAUCAUGUUGACCUUUUUCAUGGAAAGCUUUGUGAAAAGGAUGCCAAUAUUUUUUUUUUUAUUUUAGAAUAAUUUAGUUUAGUCCGUCUGUUUGACGUUAAAACGACAUUUUUUUUUAAAUAUUAGCGGAAUAGUAAUUUUAAUAUAAUUCGUUUUGUUAGUUAGAUGAAUUGUUUAAUGUAUUUAUUUAUAUAUUUGUAUUAUCUGUAUUAUUCGUAUAUUGUAAAAAAUAUCAAAUAAAUAUCAAUAAAUACCUAGAUCUAUUUCA